UUCCAGUCUGAGGAUUUAAAUAGAGAACUUUUAAUUAUUACAUGAAGGAUUUCAUUCAUUCUACCAGGAUAUUUUGGACGGUGAUUAGGGAGGAUUUAUUCAUUGUCUCAUCGGUUUAGUCGCCUGCACUUGCAGCAACUUGCACUCCCCUCUUGUGCCAUUUUGGUUUUUAAUUCAUUACCGUCUGGCGUCAACUUGGCAACUUGACCAUUUGACACUAUAGUAUAUAUUUUUAGUAAUAUCAUUAACCAUAUAUUAAAUAAAAAAGGCUUUGAAUCUUUUACCAUUUAGGGCAAGACGUCCUCAAAUUGUGAUUGGCUAGAUAAACCCCUCAAGAACCCUCGGUAGCGCCGCCUAUCACAUGACUACUCCAAUUGUUCAAAUCGGAGGAGAUAUUGAUAUUGACAUUGACAUAGACAACAUAGACGACCUCAAUCCCUUCACUAUGAUUCUCCCACAAGAUAUUCAAGAAAAUGACACGAAUCAUGCAGCUCCACAGCAUCAACAACAACAACUCUAUUUCCUCCAAUCCAUUAACUCCAACAUUGUCAUCAGGCAACUCCCAUCUCAAGGCCUUUCUUUCCAGCUCUGGCCUGCAGCCACCAUUCUUGUAACUCUCCUUGACAACAACAACCGUAACGGAUCAACUCCGUUUUCCAACUUAUUCAAACGUCAAGAAAAUGGGGUUUCACUACCCCUGCGUAUUCUUGAACUUGGUUCAGGUACAGGUGUUGUUGGAAUAGCUGCUGCAGCAAUUCUUGGUGCUAAGGUUACCGUCACUGACCUUCCUCAUGUGCUGCCUAAUAUACAGUUCAAUGUUGAUGGGAAUUCCAAGGUUCUUGAUCAGCAGAGUGGGGUUGUUGACGUGGCAGCGCUUAGCUGGGGGGAGAGCAAGGAUAUGGAGGCUGUUGGUAGAGAUUAUGACCUGAUUUUGGGAUCUGAUGUGGUGUACCAUGAUCAUCUUUAUGAUCCUUUGAUUAAGACGUUGAGGUUUUUCUUGUUAGGGGGUGGAAAGAAGAUAGUUUUUGUGAUGGCUCAUUUGAGAAGAUGGAAGAAGGAAUCUGUUUUCUUCAAGAGAGCUAAGAAGCUUUUUGAUGUCAAAAUCAUACAUGCAGAGCCUCCGUCUAAUGGGUCUAGGAUUGGGGUGGUUGUGUACCUUUUCACUGGGAAAAGAUAGCCUCAAGAGAAGCCACUGUCGUCAACCAACGUUUGAUGUUAGUGGGAAUCUUACUGUCAUGUUUAACAAUGGGGUUUGCCCAACAAAGAAGUAAAAAGCUCUUUGCUUUUACAUGGAAAUACAAUCAACAAAAAAAAUUGUGUAUUA